ACCUGCAACAAAAGGCAUUCAGUGUUUUUUUUUUAAAUUUGUUCUGUUGUACUUUAAUUUUUGUUGUUGAGCAGUUUAUAACUGAAUAAUUGGUGAUAAUGGAAGAAAACUGGAGUAAAUUCAAUAAUCUAAAAAUUCAAGGCAUUCCAGAAAUCAGAUAUUACGUGGUAAAAAGAGAGACACUUUUGAUUCGUUUGAAGGGCAAUUGUAACGUGAAUGUUAGCAAAGUGCAGCCUGGAAUGCUUGUACAAGCCAUUGGAGAUGUAAUUAAUAAGGAAGCAUUAACAGUGCAAGUGUACAGUGAGAGUAUGGAAACAAUUUGGCACAAAACAGAGUGGAAGUGUCAUCCAAUCGAUCUUAUUCCUGUUUCGUUUUUAAUUUGGCAUCUUUUAGUUCCCGUUUCAAGCUUGGAAGAAAGGUUUAGACUGGCAAGUAACGGAGAAUUUUGCAAAAAUGUUGAUAAACUUGAAUUAAAUAGUACUGUCUGGUACUGUGAAGGAUCAAACAAUCCUAGUACUCAUUUGGCUACUGUAAAAUUUAUUGGUCAUGUACCAGAGUAUGGAGAUGGGUAUUACUUUGGCUUAGAAGUUCAGGACAAUCCAAACAUUGGACCUUGUUCCAUAGUACAAAAAUAUUUACCCACAGUUCAUUCAUCAGGCACGUUUGCUACUAUUAGUAACAUUAAUACACGACAAACUAAAGCUAUGGACGAUAUCAGGAACUUUGAAAAAAAUUUCAUGUCCAAUGAUUUGUUAAAAUCCAAUAAGACUGAUAAUUUAUUUGCCACUAAAAAUAAAGAUGUUUCUAAGAGUAAGGAAAAUGUAGAUACAUUGCAAAUAAAUAAAUUUUCCUCACUUAUUGAUACUGAUAAUAAUAAUCGGUCUGCUAGGCCUCCAGAAUAUUAUGUUUCAAAUGUAAUUAAGGUGACUAGGCCUAAUUCCAUCGAUCAGCUGCAUUACAAUAAACAAUCGUACAGAAAUAUAAAAUAUUUUGAUCCUCUUUCAAACUCAGAUGAAGAGCUAGACAUGACACCUAUAAUUGAUCAGCAACUUCCUAAAACCAAUGAUUUGAGGAUUGAUACAUGUGUAAAAGUGCUUGUACAUGGUGAAACUCAUUAUGGAGUCAUACGUUGGAUUGGAUCUCCCGAGGGCAAUAAUACUAAUAAAAUUAUGGCUGCUAUUGAGUUGGACGAUAUUCAUCCAUCAGCUACAGAUGGGACUUAUCAAAAUGUUAGAUAUUUUCAAUGCAGCCCACAAAAGGCUUGGUUUGCUGAUUUAUCUGAAUGUAGACAAUAUGAUGUUGCAGCCAGCAACUGUUAUUAUAAGUCUUAUUUACAAGAUUUUGAACCAAUUCAGAGUUUAAUUGUGAGAGACAUAUUACCUCCCAUAUCCGUUGGAAUUAGAGAUUUAGAAAAAAUAUGUGGUAAAAACCGUGGCAUCCAAGGGCACCACAACUCUUGUUAUUUAGAUGCCACACUGUUCAGUAUGUUUGCCUUUACUAGCGUGUUUGAUAAUCUUUUGUCCAGGCCACCGAAUGAAAAAGACUGUUCCGAGUAUACUGAAGUUCAAAAAGUUUUACGAGAAGAAAUAGUUAACCCUUUGAGGAGAGAAUUGUAUGUUGGAGCUGAUCAUGUUAUGAAAUUGAGAACUCUGCUCGAAAGAUCGUCUUCCAUUUCUGGGUUAACAAGCGAAGAAAAAGACCCAGAAGAAUUCCUGACUUCUCUAGUUGCACAAACUUUAAAUGCCGAGCCAUUUUUGUUGUUAAGUUCAGGACAAGAUGCGUAUCAUUAUCAACUUUUUGUUGAAAAAGAUGAACGCCUCGUCUUACCUACGGUGCAACAACUGCUUGAGCAAAGUUUCUUAACUAGUGACAUUAAAUUGAAAAAGGUACCUUCGUGUUUUAUAAUACAAAUGCCACGCUUUGGAAAGGCAUUUAAAAUGUAUUCUAAAAUACAACCGACAUUAUUGCUAGAUGUAACAGAUAUAAUUGAAAAUUCUCCCAGGCAAUGCACCGUGUGCGGUAAAUUGGCGAAAUUCGAAUGUAAAGAGUGUUACGGACAACGUGGUGAAGGUUUAGAAAGCACAGCAUACUGCAGAGAAUGCCUUGAUAGGGUACACAAACAUGAAAAGAGAAAUAACCAUAAGCCUAAAAACAUCGUCGUGCCACCUGAGUAUAAUUUUUUGAGUGAACAUCAACCAGUGCCAAGAUUGUAUUUAGAACUAUUGGCAGUUGUUUGCAUCGAAACAUCCCAUUACGUAUCGUUUGUCAAAUGCGCUCCUGGUUCUGACGCCGAAUGGUGUUUCUUCGACUCGAUGGCAGACAGGAUUGGUGAACAAGACGGUUACAAUGUUCCCGAAGUGGUGGCUUUUCCAAACCUUCCAUAUUGGUUGAGCGAAGAAGGAGCGAAACAUUUGUCCACUGUAAGUGACGACCGCUUACUUCCUGAACACGCAAAAAGACUUUUGUGCGAUGCGUAUAUGUGUAUGUAUCAAUCGCCUAGUAUUGCCACUUAUAAACACUGAAGUGUUAAUGGGUAUGUAAUUUACAAUUUAAAAAAUUUUCUUUUCAACAUGUUAAACAUGUACGUAAAAAAUUGCUCGAUUUUUACAAAAAAUGUAUGAAAUGUGUAUAUAGUCGAUUAAUCGUGUUUUUAGAAAAAAUUCGUUUCCAAUACAAUGAAUAAAAUUACCAAGUAUUAAUUUAUUACUACAAGUAUUAAUGUAUCGCUCACUAUUUGGGUCUCUAAAUAAUACCUUUAUAAAAGGUUUCGCGUCCUUCACGUAAAAUUCCGUGCCCUUAAAUAAACAUGAUUAAAGCUCGCGCCUCUUGUACCAAAUAAAAUUUUUCAAGUAUCGUAAUGCGAGUAUUUCCACAAUUCUAUAAUAUUGUUCAAUUUAAUUAUGAUCCAUGUCAUUCACAAUUCAUCAUACUUCAUUUGAAUUUUAUACACCAUCAUAAUUAGCAACAUGUACUUCGAUAAACGUUAUUUAAAUUUUCAUGCAUGAAUUACAUUUUAUACAUUUUUCUCAUAUAUUUCACAUUAUUUACGUGCAUUGUGUGCAAUGUAUAAGGGAAUAAACCCACUGAUAACUUAUUCAUAGUGUUUUUAUACAUUAAAUUUAAGUUCAAAUUUAAUAAAAAGUUUUUUUUACGUAUUUUUACGCCUAUGUAAUCUUUAGUAUAAAUGUUAAUCGUUAUACUUACCUAUAUAACCAAAAUAGUAAUACAGAGUACACACGCUGAAGUCUAAAAAAAUAUCAACAUUUUCGGAUAAUAGUUCAGAAGUGUGUACAAAUAUAUUUUUAUAUAAAAAACCAUAAUGUUGAUGAAAUAAAAUAAAAAUAUUUUAGUACCCCAUUCAUGCAUGCUACUGCAAUAUCUAUGAGGAAUUCAUUUUAAGAAUAGAUUACGCGGUAUUGAUUUAUGUAAACAUACAGUAUUUUUUAAAGAUCCUUUUACUUAGCGUGAUUUUAUCAUUUUUACUACAUUAGAAAAUUAUUUAAUUUUUAGUUUAAUGAAAUCACAAGUGCCAAAAAAAACUCGUUCGGCCAAACCCGUGCGAUUGAAAUGAAAGUCUUACUACUUUUUGAUCAAUGAUACGUUUGCUAACGUGAUUAAAUUAUAAAGUAAUUGCCAUUCAAUUCAAAGGGUCACUGAUUGACUGCAUUACGAGUAAUAUAAACACUAGACACAUCUGAGAACGCACUACUGUUUGUAAAUGUUGUAACUUUGUGACUUUAAAAUUUACUGAAUGGAUGAUACAUGAUAAGAAUGUUUUUUUUUUUAAUUUUUAAUGUAAUUGUUAUUUUU